GUCACCGGGCUGAGUCAUCGGACCUUAGGUUUUGGACUUUGGUGUGCCCAGGGGAGUUAAGAUUAUAAAAAGGACGCUUUGCUUCUCCAAGUCCCGGUCAGCUUGCUCUCUCUUGUUUUUCAGAAACCAAGGAAUUGGAAGUCAUGGCUGCGAAGCCCAAACUUUAUUACUUCGAUGGAAGAGGCAGGAUGGAAUCUGUGCGCUGGCUCUUGGCCGCUGCUGGGGUGGAGUAUGAAGAGGAGUUUCUUGAAACAGCUGAAGAACUUCAGAAUUUAAUUAAGGGUGGGAAACUACUGUAUGAACAAUUGCCAAUGGUGGAAAUUGAUGGAAUGAAGAUGGUACAAACCAGAGCCAUCCUGAGAUAUAUAGCUGCAAAAUACAACUUGUAUGGGAAGGACCUGAAGGAGCAACUCCUCAUUGACAUGUAUGUGGAAGGAAUGAGAGAUCUGUACGACAUUAUUAUGUUACUCCCAUUUGCUUUGCCUGAAGAUCAGGAGAAGAAUCUUAGCAUCGUCGCUGAGAAAGCCACUCAAAGAUUCUUCCCAGUGUAUGAGAAGGCAUUAAGAGACCAUGGGGAGAAUUACCUUGUUGGCAACCAGCUGAGCUGGGCAGAUGUGCAUCUACUUGAACUCAUCUUAAUGGUUGAAGAAUGCAAGUCUGGUGUUCUCUCGGCAUUCCCUAAACUGCAGGAGUUCAAAUCUAGAGUCAGCAAACUCCCAAGGAUUCAGAAAUUCCUUCAGCCUGGUAGUCAAAGAAAGCCACCAAUGGAUGAUGCAGGACUUGAAGCUAUAAAGAAGAUAUUCAAUUUGGAAAAAGGCCUGCUUGUUAAACACUCUGGUCUGGUGUUAUAUGACUUUUAGUAGUGCCCACAAAAAUAGUAGGCUGUCCUCAUGCAGCAUUUCUAGAUUCAGUAACUAGUAACUACAACGCUUCCCUAUAGAUCUUGUAAUCAGAAAAACCUAAUCUUCACAUUGCUUAUAGUAAAACUUAGUUUGAUUAGAACUUUACCUUACUUAGAGUCAUAGAGUUAAAAAAUUUUUAUUACAUGUUUAGAGCAAAAUAGACCUUAUUAGAGCACUGAGUCUGUAUAGCCUCUUCAUUUUAUCAAUGUUGAAAUUGAAAACAAGAGGUUAAAUGACUUACCAGAGAUCACACAGGCAAUAGGUGAUAGAGUCAGCAUUCAGACUUGGGUCGUCUGUUUCCAAAUUGCAUUCUUUUUCAGCUGUUAUGCUCUCUCUCUUUCAUUAAUUUAAAUUUUCCAGGAAAGUAGGACCAUUUGUAACAAAACUGAAAAUAAUGUGAAAACAAGAUGAUACCAACAAUUUCUUUAAAAAAAAACCACAACCUUACUAGCUGUUGCAUUUGGUUCCUUUUAGAUGCAAACCUUUUACACCUGUCCUGAUAGUCUUCAGGAUCCUCAACAAAAGAAGUAAUGUUCAGUUAUCUUCAUGCCACUGAAUUUAGGCAGGACAGCAAUCUGCCCAUAUUUUAGAAAGAUUUUCAUUGAAAAACAAAACCACAGAAAAAAAAGUUUGUUUAGUUCCUAGUUAAUGAGAAAUGUCAAUUAAACAAAAUACCCUAUUCCUUUUUCCUCAUGACACUAUUUAAUCAUGGUUUUAUUUUACUUUUAAAAAAGAUCAGUUUUAAUACAAUCAAGGAAACACCUGAAGGUUAACUUUGAAAAUUUCCCCCCUUUAAAAUCGCCCUUGUCUUGUAAACUAAAAGAUGUAUUUUCUGGAGAAUAUCAGUGCUUUUACUUCUCCAAGUAGAUAACCUAUUGUGUACCGUUUUGUCAGAACUCAUUGCAAGAUAAACUAAAAAGAAUCUUAGGAACACUUGGAGGCGGAGUCAAAGGAGGCUUAAAGUUUCAGUGUCACUAAUUAAAAUUCAAUCUUAUAAACCCAAAGUAAGUUUUAAGUGGUAGGGUAGAGUGAUAAGCCAAGUUGUUUAGUCUUAUUUCAUCUUCCCAGUCCACUCUACUACUGAAUUAAUGAAAGGAGAGGGAGUAGGGAGGAAUAGGCUGCCAGUACAAAUGCUCACAGGCAUUAGUAAGCUAGGAGGUGUCUACCCCAAGCCUGUGAAGACUUCUCCAGGUGGAAUGGACAGAUAAGAACAGUUUGUUCCAAUGGCCAUCAAGGCAACAGCACUUAGAGCUUGGUGGGCCAUUAAAGACACCAAUGUCAUCCUUUGCUUCCUGGGCCAUUGCCAGUCAUCCUGAUUUUUGUCUUGUGUGGGGUCCAAGAUGGUCCCAUCUGCCAGAAAAAAAUCAGAGGUCAAGCUCCAAGCCAACAGCACUUUACUAAAGGGUCCAUGGCUCCCUCCAAUGACAUGGACCUGAGAUCUUCCUCAGGAUCUGAGAUGCCUCUUUUCCCCAGGUCUUACUUUUUUUGGAUUUGAUACCCAAACAUGCAAAAGGGGUGUGGUAAAUUUCAAAAUCUUAUUGGUUGGUAGAUUUUGAUUUUGACUCUCCAGGAGAGCCAGAAAUGAUGCAUCAGGAUGAGUGGUCACAAGAUGGGUUCAUAAGAUGGUCGCCUGCUCAUGUUGGCCGAGAGCGGGUGGAGGUACAAAAAGAAAUUGGCCACCCGUGUUAGGCUUGGAUGUGGACACAUAGCAAAACAGGAUGGAGAUAACUUUGUGAUCAUUCUUGUGGUUGUGCAGGUGCACUUCUUAACUGGUAAAUGUGGUGAACGUUGCAUUAAAGUGUGAGGCCUCCUACACAGACCUUAUGAUCACUACCCCUAUGGAGUAUAUGAAACUGAUUAAUACUGAUUGGAAUAAAAUAGGGUUCUAAUUGAUCACCUA